CUUUUGAACUAACGGAUGAGCCCGAAUUACAUCGAUAUCGUCGCAUCAUCAGCGGUACAAAUGCGAAGAAAUCGGACUAUCCCUAUAUCGUCUCCAUCCAGGCAAAACUGCAAAACGGCCUUCACAAUUUACUGUUUGGUGGGUUAGAGCAUUUCUGCGGUGGUACUCUGAUUAAUUCCCGGUGGAUUCUCACCGCUGCCCACUGCAUGUACACCUACACGGAUGAUGGCGAACUAAUAC